AUGGCCUCGGUUAUCAAGAAACUCCGGGAGGAAGCCACCUGCUCCAGCUGCCUGCAGCUGAUGACUGACCCCGUGGUCAUUGACUGUGGGCACAGCUUCUGCCAUGAGUGCAUAAUGGGCAUCAUCGAGAACCAGCAAGGGGACCUACCGAUAGGGGGGAUCUAUGUCUGUGCCCUGUGUAUGCACACCUUUCAAAUAGAGAGUCUCCGACCCAACAAGAAGCUGCAAAGCAUCAUCGAAACCAUCAAGAACAUGAGCUGUGAAAAGUUGUGCGAGGAGCACGGAGAGAAGCUCCACCUCUACUGUGAAGAUGAUGACCAGCUCAUCUGCUUGUGCUGUGAACGAAAGCCGCAGCACAGAGGACACGUCUUGGUGCUUGCUGAAGAUGUCUGCCAAGACUACAAGGAAAAGCUACAGAAAGCAGUGACAAAAUUGAGGGAAGAUGAGUCUCAAUGUAACAAUCUGAAGUUGUUCCUAAGGAAACAGAGAACAGAAUGGGAGGAGAAGGUUACACUUCAGAGACAAAAAAUUCAGUCUGAAUUUGAGAAUCUCCGUAGCUUUCUGUGUAAGGAGGAGAAUCAGUUUCUAAGGAGGCUGGGGGAAGAAGAUGAGCAGAUUUCGAGGCAACUGCAAGAAGAUGAAGACAAUCUCGAAAAACAAAGCCAGGAACUGCAAAACCAAAUCCUGAAACUUGAGAGGAAAUGUCAGGACUCGGUCCAGAAUCUGAUGGAGGGUGUGAAACUCGCCUUGAGCAGGAGUUUUGAUGUGAAGCUAGAAUUGCCAGAGGCUAUCUCUUUGGACCUUCAUACUGUGUGUAAUGUUUCUGAGCUUUACUUUGACGUGAGGAAAAUAUUAAAGAGAUAUCAAGUCAGCGUGACUCUGGAUCCGGAAACAGCUCAUAGUGACCUAUUUGUGUCUGAGGAUGGGAGGAAGGUGAUCGGUGGCUGUCCCCAGAACAAGCCGCUCUCUGCCACUAGAUUUACUGCCAUCCCCUGUGUCCUGGGCUGUGAAGGCUUCACCUCAGGAGGACAUCACUUUGAAGUAGAUGUGGCAGAAGAAAGUAGUUUGUGCGAGUUUGGAGUUUGUCUGGCAAAUGUGCCGAGAGACAUUAAUAUUAGGCUGCAGCCCGAGAGCGGAUUCUGGGGCAUCAGAAAAUGCGCCGACAGAGGCUUACAGGCUCUUACCUGGCCACGAACCUCCCUUCCUCAGGAGUUUCUCUCGGUUGUGGGGGUUUUUGUGGACUAUGAGGCCGGACUUGUCUCCUUUUACAACAUGGACACUGGCUCCCACAUCUUCACCUUCCCCAAGGUUUCCUUCUCUCACACUCUCCUGCCCUUUUUCCUCGUCUACUCAUCUUCUUCUCUGGCCAUGUCUCCCCCAGAUACGUUGGCCAAGAAGCAAAGCCCCCUGCACUGA